AAAAACGAAUUAUGUUAGUUUACAUAUAAAACUGGAAGAUUGAGCUAAAAUUGUUUCCUGUGUUGUCAUAGAAAUGUUAGCCAUUUACUUUGUAGCUUAACGACGAGCUAAAUACAAAUGAUUGAUUUUCGGAUAAAGAAAUUUGGAGUGCUUUGCCGGAAUGAAGAAAAUUAAGAAAAAAAUUUACCGCAAAUAUGAAGACUUCUACACUGACGAGGAUUUACGCGAUCCAGACACAUUUCCGCUUAUAAAUUUAACAAUAAACGACUUUGAUGCGAGAGGCGGUGUAGUAAAUCCACGCGCGCCUUGUCUGGUUGCCACCGUCGACCCAAACUAUGUAAAGGAUGCACGCACACAACGCUUGGCAAGGAAAUUUCGCAUGAAAACUGACAUCUUACUACUGCGUGAAAUAACACGCAAGAAAUUUAUGAUCUACUCCACCCAACAAAUGUAUUUGGAUAAAGAGCGUGAGAAAAAGCAUCAGGAAGAUGAAUAUCAAGAGCUGUUAGAUUUUUAUGAAAAUAUAGAGACAUCUUUGCAAACGGUGGAGUCGAAUGGUUUCAAUGAACUGAGAGCUUCUCUUGAAAAAUGGCAAGAACUGCAAAAAUGCACACUUCGCGAUGAACUCAAAGCGGUUGUAGAGGAUCAUAGACGCGCCUUAGUCGAAGCGCAUGAAGUUUAUCAGCGUUUCUUGUACUUACUCAAAUUAAUUGGAUAUUUUGAUGAAAUCGACGACGAAGCGGUUGGUGGUGAAAGUGGUAGACUUGUUUUACCGAAGGAGAUAGCUGAACUUAAGCCACAAAACGAUAGUGAUGCAGGCAUGAAACAAAUUGAAGUGGUAAAAAAAUACAUGACAGCGGUAGUACGUCCUUAUUUGGCUAAGAGGAAUAAUUUAAUUGCCGAUGUUUGGUUGAAGGGAUUUGAGUUGACCAGAAGUAAACUGACCAACUAUUAUAAGCGCUAUACAAACUUGGCGCUCUUAAAUCACAUUGUGGCAUUGGUCUAUGAAAAAUUUCAAAAGACACAAGCGCGUUGCAAAAUUCCACCAAUGUUGAAAGAUCCAAAUUUCAUGAAAGAACGUGCUGAAGCUCUGAAAUUACAGGCGGAAAAGACUCUGGUCAUAUAUGAAAAUAGUCAAAAACAGGACAAAUUGUCAUUAAAACUGAACGCUAUAAUACCCAUAAUAUUGAAAAGUUUGCAACGCUCUGCUAUAAAGGAGACCGAUACCACUACUGAAGAGGUGAAGCUUAAAGCUGAACAGGAUGCGGUAAUAGAGGAAAAUAUAAGCUUGAAAUCCCUUAAAUCACGCAGCGAAUCUGCUUUAAGCACUUGUCGAGAUGAGCCAGAUUCUACUUUGGGCAAAAUCGAGCUUAUACAGGCACAUCUAUUGUGGUUGCUCAACGAACUGGAUGACAUGCCACCGAAUGUUUGCAAAGAUAUCGAGAAACGUGUUCGGCGACGUUUCAAUAUGGCCAAAGACAAGUCUCGACGCGCUUUGGUCGAGCAGACUCGUUUACAAAACUGGAUGGCACAUUUUAAGAAACAUGAGUUGCAACGUCAAAAAGAUACAGCUAUUUGUGUGCGCAGAAAGAUCACUCGUGAGAAUAAAUAAAUAAUGAAUAAAUUAUUAAUCAGCAUAG